UCCACGAUAGACGGGAAGGUUAAAUAAUAGGAUACUCUGCGUUCGUAGUGCACAGCUUUUGUAGGUGGAAAAUUUUAUUCGCGCUUUGAAGGAAAGUGCUUUUCUGCUGGAAAAAGGCUGGCAAAAAGUAGCGUAUAAUAGUUUAUUUAAUUGUUGGCGCUGUGUUAUGUUUAGUGAUGCUGAGUGUUUUUCGAUGAAGCAACGUAUUGAAACCAUGGGCAGAUUUUGACUUGGAUUGCAGAGAAGAGUGAAAUUUUUGGGGAAAUCAGCGCAAUUUUUUUCGGGUGCGAGAGAAGAAAAAAAAUACUCGAAGGGAGUAGUAGGAAUAAGUGAAAGAAAUUUCCGUAGUAGGAUAUGUAUGAAUUGUGAAGUGAGAUAUCCUAGGUGAACGAGUAGAUGCAGUUUUGGCCUUGAAGCGUGAUCUGUUCCAGAGUUACUGGACAAUCGAAUUUUAGUGCGUGUGUGAAUAGAGAAAAUUUAUCGCCUGAGGGAAGCUCAAGCAUUUUGUCGGAAAUUGAGUUUCAGAUUGCAGCGCUGGAUAUCCUGUGAUCACCAUUUACCUAUAAUUGAAACUUUUCUUUUGGAUCAGCGAAUGAAAUAUUAGCUUUCAGCAGUUUUAUGCUCUCCAGAUAUGGCUCCUUGCAGUGGUUUACAGUGAAUAUUAGAGAGGUGUUAGUCGAAUGAUUUGUGAUUCUACGAUCUUCAGCUCCGUCCUUAUUAGGUUAACCAGUGGUCCAAGCUUUUCGGGGCUGAAACAUUACUCCGUUGUUGCUUUGGUACGUGUUUUUACACGGGACAACCUUCAUAGGUGCUCCAGGAAUGUAGGGGCGGAUUGUAGUAAAAUGAGAUAAAUUAUUCAGAAAAAAGAAUAUCAAAAAAGCUAAUCAAAAAGUGGCAUUAGACAAACGUGAAAAGUGUCCUGCUUAAUUAAACUAAAAUCGAACAGCAGGAGGACGAAUCUCCUUGGAAAUCGAAAAAUCGUAUCUCUCCAAGAAAGGGUAGUAAAAACUCACCAUCUUCUGGCAAUGUGUGCAAUUUCGGUGUAAAAUUUUCGGCACGACACGCGCGUCCGUGGGUGCUGGUGUGCGUACCAGUGAUUUACCAGUUGCGCUGGUGUUGGUGUUCACAGGAAAGCUCUUCUCGCCAUCUGGACCCCCACCCAUUGCUGCUGGUUCCCCGUGCGCCAGCCCAACCAUUGGAUACCACCCCCUGCUGAGCAAAGCGGCGUUUUUCAGCAGUUGCAGCAGUGCUCGUACGCGCCUACCGAGGGAGGUGAAAAAUGUCAGUGUGAUUCGUUUCCGCCGUGCUGAUGGUGUAAUUUAUAUUUAAAUUGAAUAUUUUAUUGAUAUACAACAUAAAGAGCGGGAAAACGUUGACGCAUCGUGUAGUGAUUUUUACCCCCUCCUUUCGAUCAGCGGCCAGUGAUAACUAGUUUUUUUUGUGCUCGUCGUUGGUGGUGUUCAGUAAAUUGGGACGGGAAAUCGUGGGGCACAUACCGCCUAUAAAACGAAAUGACAAAUAAAUCAUAAAAGUCGGUGCUAGAAGACAAAACUUCAUACCCGCAGCAAACAGAAUAUCGAAUAUCUAUCGUGGCAAAAGUAAACCUUCAAUAAGACAUAUAAAAUGAUGGAUCUGCCGAGAAAACGUCGUGCAAGGCGUCGUUUAUUGACUGGGAUAAUGGCGUUUGUCUUUCUGGUAGCGAUUCAACUGGCAGCCGGAGAUCCGGACGAGGAUAUUCCUCAUAACGAGGUCCGGAACUGGGCUAUUCGUUUUGGAGUGGAUCUCUGGGAAUUUGGUCGCCAGUUCACCAAAGUUAACGACAUAAGAAGUAAAUACAAAGAUUACGAUGUCGACGUAAAUCGGAAGGAUGGCAUUCUGCUGCUGCGCGAGCUGGCGGCCGAAGUGAAGAAUUUUAUGGACUUUAAAAUGAAUGCCGUCAUGCGAAUAAUGGAUUCGGCGGAACAGGCAGCUCUUUCGGAGUCGGAUCCUGAGUCCGGUGCAACCAAGGGACACGGGGGUGCAUUUUACGAUGCAAGACGAAUUAACGAGUACCAAUCGGAUGGGCGACUGGCGGACGGCUCACGGCAGAUGCUGUUGAGACACAUGCGACGGUUCGAGGGCUAUCCGGUUAACAUCAGUCUAAGCUCAGUGCUGGUACCUGGCGGUGUUAAUAUUGAUGAUUCGGAAACACAAGCCGCCAUCAAGUGGUCUUCUCAUUUAGAUCCACUUUUUGCGAACAACAUUGAACGCGAUUCGGCACUAUCCUGGCAGUAUUUUGGGUCUAGUACCGGAUUUCUCCGUAGAUUCCCCGGUACGGCAUGGCCUCCGGAAACGUCGUACGGUAGUAAGGAGAUCAGCGACUUCCGAACCGAAGAUUGGUUUAUUCAGGCUGCUUCUUCGCCGAAAGAUGUGAUUAUCCUGUUGGAUUCUUCGGGAUCAAUGAGUGGCAAGGAGUAUCAGUUGGGAAUGGCUACAGCAUCCGCUAUAAUGGAUACUCUCGGUGACGAUGAUUUUUUCAACUUGAUAUCCUUUUCCGAUCAGGCGAAAGUGAUCGUGCCAUGUUUCCAAGAUAAAAUGGUUCGAGCAACUCCGGACAAUGUAAAGGAGGUAAAAACGGCAAUCCAAACAGUGGAAUGUGAGAAUACUGCAAAUUUUUCCGCUGCACUGGAGAGUGCGUUCGAAUUACUCCGAAGGUAUAAUCAAAGCUCCCAGGGUAGCCAGUGCAACCAGGCCAUUAUGCUGAUCACGGACGGGCCAAGCGAUACAUUUUCGGAUAUUAUUAAACACUACAAUCAUCCACACAUGCCGGUACGGAUCUUCACUUAUCUUAUUGGAAAGGACAAAAGUAGUGGCCAAAACAUGUACCAGAUGGCUUGCGAUAACAAAGGGUUUUACGUUCAGAUCAACAGCGUCGAGGAAGCGAAAUUGAAAGUGGUCGAGUACGCACUGGUAAUGGCUCGUCCCAUGGUACUGUAUCAAGCAGAUCACCCAGUUCACUGGAGUCCGGUGUUCACCGGAGGUCGCAGCGGUAUACUUGGCCGCGAAAGUGAAAAUAAGAGGAAAUUGGUGACUACCGUUUCAACGCCUGUAUUUGACCGACGAAAUCAUACAGCAAGGGCUGCAAACUUGUUGGGUGUAGUUGGUACAGAUGUUCCUAUCGAAGAAAUCCAGAAGAUGAUUCCACAGCACAAGCUAGGCGUUAACGGGUAUUCAUUUGUUGUGGAUAACAACGGCCGGGUGUUAUAUCAUCCAGAUCUGCGGCCCAUGAGUGAUAACGGACAGUAUAGCGCAAGUCUAAAACACAAGUAUAACUCGGUUGAUUUAACGGAGGUUGAGCUGCCGGAAGUCGAUAAUCCCAGCAAUGGGCUCAGCGAACGGCAUGAUCAUAGAUAUACGAAUAUGCUUCAAGAGCUUCGGAAUGAAAUGGUUCUCCAAAAAGAAGGAGAAAACGAGCUGACCGUGUUAACUCACAUGGACGGUAUGAAGCGUGUUGCUAUGAGACCUCAAAAAUAUUUCUACGGGCCUAUAGAGGGGACGCCAUUCUCCCUGGGAAUCGCUCUGCCAGAUAACUAUGGCAUCCAUGAGCUGAACGCUCAACAGGAGAUUCGGCAUUCCCAUACCAAUGUUACCGAACAUCUACAAGGUAAUAGUUGGAAAGUCCAUCCAGACUGGGUGUACUGUGAGUACAACAGUCUGAAGGAUGUUGAAAGCAAUGGCGAGAGUACGAUGGAAACCACCUACCGAGAUAAAGACGAAAAUUUCGAUACGCCCGAGGAACAAGUGCUCCACUUCCUGGCCCGCGUGGGCAGGCCUGGCUGGAAGUGGAUGUCGGUACGUCCUCGGUCACCUCAACCGCAUCACGGACACGGUGGUAUUCCAGUUGGGCACUAUGCUCAACAUCACUUUAACUCGCAGGGUUCACGUAAAGCAGAACCGUACUACUGCGAUCGUACUCUCGUCCAGAGCUUGGUACGUGAUGCAAUUGUGACGGAUGGGUUGGAUCGAGCGCCAACCCAUCCGGCUAGAAAGGAGGAUAGAAGUCCAAUCGCCACACUGAUGGCAUUGUUGCACAGGCAAGGAUUUUCCAUGUUCGAAGUAAAGACAACAUUUGUAGCUACUCGCUCCGGGCUGCUCCGGUGGGUCGAUCAUAUACCACAUCCGGAGAACUCUCCCGAACCUCAUUUCAGUGAGUCGAACUCUAGGUCGAUGGAUAUGAGUUGGUACAAACGAGCAGUUGAUCAUCAUUCAAUUGAACCCGAUGGAUUUGUGUUCAGCGUACCAUUUGACUCUGGCUAUACUGGCAAGAACAGCUCGACUCUGGUGACGGCCACACAUGCCCUGUUCAUAGAUCAUCGUGGUCAUAAGGCUCCAGCUGCGGUGGUGGGAUUACAAUUUCAACACGAAUCUUUGGCGAAACACUUUAUCAACAUCACUUCAGCAUGCACUGGAUCUACUUCCUGCAAGAAAACGUGUGCGUCUGAUGAAUUGGACUGCUACUUGUUGGAUGAUAACGGUUUUGUAAUUCUCUCUGAACGCAACGAACACACCGGAAAGUUCUUUGGUCAGAUCGAUGGAACCAUAAUGGACUCACUGGUUCAGGACCGCAUAUAUCGACGAGUUGCUCUGAUGGAUUAUCAGGGGAUUUGCUCAGAUCGGGACAACCCGUACACAGCUGCAGGAGAAAUUGCCAAACCCGUUAGACCCAUGUCGUGGCUGUUGAAAUAUAUUGUUUCUUUCGCCGCGUAUUGGUUAUCGAUUUUACCGACUCCAGUGUUAUCGUGGCAACAGAGCAACACUUACUAUGAUACGGAUAAUGAUUUUGAAGAGGAUGCCUACGAAUACGAGAGUAAUUACGAAAUGCCACCAGAACACUCAGCGCACGACAUAACGACACCGGAUUACGAGCAACACUCCACGCCCACACCGCACAGAUCUCUAACAACAUCUGGACCUCGGGUGAUUCCUGACCCAGCACAUGCUCGGCCAUGCGAUCUAAAGACAGAUCUAUACAUAUUGCAACCAGAUCGGUUAAAUUCCAGUGGGCAGAAUAAUCCAUUGAAGGGAAAAUUGACCAACUGUCACUCUUCUGGAUGUGAGCGACCAUUCAGUGUGCAGAAAAUUCCACAUAGUAAUCUAAUCCUGCUGGUGGUCGAUGUGCUGUGUCCAUGCGGAUCAAAGCAGUUAGACAUCGAACCACAGGAAGUGACUGGUGGUGCAGUUUUCGUUACAGGGGCCUGCGGCGUCCGCCGGAUGGCGAAAGAAAAGAUGCUGAGGAAGCGACCAAGUCGCUGUAUCAGCUAUCACCCGGAGGAAAUAGAAAUCAAGCAGUGCGGCAAAGCUACAGCCCUGUUCCGAGCGUCCGUCUACUCAACGAUAGCGUGCUUUGUACUGAUAUGGAUCCUGAACUCUGCGUGAUAAAUCUUUCUCGGAUUUAACUGUUCAACUUUCAGCAGAAUACUACUACAAUGACUAAGCCAUAAGUUAUGUCAGCACCGGGAGCAUAUAGCGAUGAAGGAGAAGAAGCUUGUCGAGUGAAGAGUGAAUUUUUUACACGAGCACUAUUAUCUUAGAAGUCAUUGAGAGGUGAAUGAUGAUAUGUGAUUCUCUUCUAUUCUGAGAUAAGAUUUGCAGUGAAAAUACCGAUACAGAUAAGAGUACUCGGUCUACUGUGAGUCAUAAGGUGAGAUGUUAUAGAUGUAUACAUAUUAAGUAUUAGUAAGGAGGACUAAUGAAUUCGAACGAAAACGACAAAAUCGACAACGUCAACACUAGAACCCCACUACUUAUUGAGAACAGGUGCCACCAUAAUGCUAACGAUCAGUACCGUUUGGCACAAAUAUCACGAGAUGAAGACGAACAGCGAUCUACAACGUGGAGCGGAACCAUAAAAGGAAACCUAACCAAAUUCAAUGGACAAUACGAUGUUUAAAACUUUAACUAAACACUGAAUCAAAUUUGAAAUUUAGUCAAACCAAGCAAGAAAGAGAAACUGUCAACUGUCUGUGGUACAUUUUUCCGAUUUAUUGAUCACACUUUAGGGGGAGAGGGAGCUAAAUUCUACUCGCAAAGAACACUGGAAGUAAAUCAUAAACCUUAAUCUAUUCGUGACAUAGCUAAUAAAAACGUAAAGGAACGUGACAGCCAGACAUAAUGACAUACAUUUUCAGUUGUAAUAAAAUUGUAAAAUAAUAGCAUAUACAUAGAAAGAGCGCAGAAUUUUAGAACUAUAUAGUUAUUUGAAUAAACCAGAAAUUAAAAAAAAAAUAGCAUAAAAAAAGAAAUUUGUUAGCGUAAUUCCGUUAGUAGUUAAAAAAUUAAACAGUGAAAAAUUCUAAUAAAUAUAUAAGUUGACUUUUUGUUGAAUGAUAGUACCUUGACCGAUGAGAGGGCCUCCUGUCCAUCGAUGAUUAUUAAUUAUUAUCUAAUAAGUACUACCUAGACAUUUGAAUUUUAAAUUUUCGUUGUAACAUACACCUAUUGGGAGAACCUGAUAUCUGGAAAUAAUCGAGCUUAAUUUAGAAAGAAUUCUUCGUUUCGUUUAUUAUGGUUUGAAACAAAACGCAGGAGUUAAAAAAACAUCAAAAGUUAGUCAAAAGUUUGUGCUCUUCCUUGCUAUAAAAGCAGUGUUCAAAAAGCUGUGAAAUUGAAUAUAGUUUACUCGAAUCAAGUUUCAUGGAUUGACGGUGUGGUGUGCCCUGCCCUGCCCCGAUUGCCCCUAGUGCAGCGGGUGGGUAACUUUUCAUCAAACGAAUACACACCAAACCGUAGAUAAGGCUGAUUGCUAUUGCUUCUCGUCUACACUGCAAGAUCGAGUGGGUUCGAUCUUCGAUUUGUAAUUAGUUGUACAUACAUAUAUUUACGGUCGAGAGAGGAGCCGUUCUGUUUUGAAUUGUUCCCUGGUAGUGCAAAUAUUUAGUAGAAAGCUUUAAGUUUUGUGCCAGUAGAGGAAAUAUUUCCGUUGAUGGUUUAGAUAUCUGAUUGAUUGUAUUGAGCGCAUAAUUUUCUGCUGUUGAUUGACGAUUGUUUGAAAGAAGUACGAGAAUUAGGGGAUUGUUUAGUAUCUCUUUUCAAUGAUAAUUUGGUAGUGAAUAGAAAUGUGUGUAAUAACUUUGACACAAAUUACCAAGGACAUUAUUAAUGCAUUUGAAGCUUCCCAUGGUCGCGUGGCUGUUGCAUUGCACAAGCGUUUCAAGUUUAACUCUAUACAGGCCCGUGCGCAAGGGGAUGGUUUUGGGGGUUCAAACCCCUCCCAUGAGGACACUAGUUGUGAGUAGAUCGGCUACACAUCAACGGUCGGUCAGCGGGCUAGCAACGGCAUCUAAGGAAAAAGCAUUAUGUCAGAGAAAAUCGAGAUAUCGUUAUAUGCAGUAAUUUUACAUCCGAUGAUCUUUCCGUCGGAGUGACUGGCUCUUAAAUGGCUCGCGAAAAUGGUCAUCGGUAUCGGGAGAAAUACCACCGCCGAGAAAUUCUCAGCAGCAGCUUGCAAAUAAAUAGGAACGAGUAGCACCAAGGAAGAAAAGAAACCCUACGACGGUGGUUGUAAAGAGAUGUAAAUCAUUAUGGUCGACACCUCCGGAUCAGUUCGUGUCUCAACAGGUGACGAUAUUUGCAGCAGACCUUAGCAGGUCAGAUAUUCCGAGAAGGUUGGACAGCAAGCAAGAAAAAACAUGAACGAAUAAUACAAAAUAAAAAGAGCAUGAGUACAAUCUCCACUGAAGUAGUGUCUACACAGAAAUAAUUCGUUAAUGAAUUCAUGAAAAAAUCGCUAUUUCGUGAACUGCACGAUUUACGAAAACCGUGACCAAGAUCCUGAAAUUAUGAAUACUAAACCUCAUAUGCAUGAAACUAUUUGUGUUUCCACAAAACUAGUUCGCCCCGAUUAUAUACUAUAUGCUACGUUCACCUGUUAGGACAUGUUAAGAUAUGUCUAAGGAACAACCUUUGAUGAUAUGUGGGCAUGUAGAGCCUAUUAAAUCAGAAUGUAAGUGAUCUUCCUGUAGAAACAUAGCAAAAACACGAUUUUUGAUUGGAGACACCUCUAAAUCAUGUCCAAAUUAAGCCAUUUUUGGCGAAAGUUCUUAAAUUCACACCUAGAACAAAAAUUUAAACUGACCGAUGUAUACUUCAAGAUUUUUUUUAAAAUGUGGCGAGGUCUAAUAUGCAUGGCGCUACAUUCGUAUGUUUGGUUGGGUUACUGUUGUUCGCUGGACAUGUUUAGUUUUUAUCUUGUUCAUAAUUUGGGGAUAUACAGCCGACACUCAAGCGAUUUUGAAGAUUUCAGGAGCUAAUCCGCGAUUUUUGGGAUUUCUUAUCACGUUACUGUGCUAUUUUAUUCAUGAGUUUACUAUACAAUUUUUAUGUCAGAGUAGCGGGAUCUAUGUUCAUGAUUUCAGGAUAUUGGUGACGAUUUUUGAUAUUUUUGUCACGAAUUGUGUGAUAUAUGUUUAUGAUUUCAGGACCUUAGCCACGCUUUUUGUAAUUUCUGUUCAUCCUAUCGUGAUAUUUUAUUCGUGAGUUUACUUUUAAAUUUGACACGUGAAGUAAUGUGACAUGAUAUCAGCAGUUUCAUCGUGGUAUUCGUAAUUUCUUGCGAUCUGUUACUACUUUUUACUUUUUGUUACUAUCGGUUUUUUACUCGGAGUAACGUGACAAGGUGAACUGGAACAUAAAAGUGUGACUAGUUCGCAGCAUCUUGCUCUGUAAACUAUAUCACGAGCACGAUUUGUGGCGCUUAGCGCAGUUUUCGUGAUCUAUUCAGACAUCACACUGAAUCGUAUCAAAUGAAUAAUGAUGUUCGAGGUCCUAAUAUUUUUUUUGUAUCUACAGCUCGUACCUAUUCUGGGUCGCUAGCAGCUGGAUAUUUCAUGAAAAAGUGCAUGGAACAAGAAUGCUUCCACGACUAAUACACCAAAUUUUGUGAAAUUAGUUCACGUGAAAAUUUCAUUACCAUGUUGCAUGAAAUUGAAUAUGAUUAGAGAUAUCUUCACGCAAAAUAGAUCGUGAAUCAUGACUAGAAAUCACGAACUCUGUCAUGAAUACAUUAAUAAUAUGUAAUGAACUUGGGAACCAUUUCACGAGCACGGAUAUUGGAUCGUGACUAAUAUAUUAGGAAUCUGUUUACGAUUACAUGAAUAAUAUUUGAUGGCUUUGUGAACUAUUUGCACGAAUGGUAACUUGUGACUAUUAGAUAAAAUGAACCAGUCCACGACAUGAAUAAUAUUUCAUGAUUUUGUGAACUAUUUCAGAAGCAUGAAUUUCACGAGCAUUGAAUGGAUUCGUCAAUAAAUUCUGAGUUAAAAUAGAGUUGAAAUAGAUCACAAGAAAAUAUCCACAAUGUUUUGAAUUUGGGCACUAAUGUGCCUAAAACUAUGAAUAACAUCAUGAUUCAACUGAGAUUAAUGAUCAUAAAGUUGUGAACUAGCUCAUGUACAGAAAAAUCGAUUUGGUAAUGACAUGGAAACCGUGACUGAAGUUCACAAAACAAAAACAAAUAUUUCCCCUAAUAAAGGCGUGAUGAGGGCGUUUUUGAAGCGAAAUUGAACAUAAUUACAUAACGCAUGAUUUUUGUUUACAGUCCUGUUUUCGUAACGUAAAAAUGUGAAUGUUCCAGAAUUCAUGGUACUUUAUUCAUGAUUGUAGGAACAAUGUUUUUACAGUGUAACGGUGGCCACGGAUGGAUGAGGAUGGCAAGAUACAAUAGGUUUAAGUUUGGUCGGUAGGACUAUUUAUUUCAAACCACUAGCCAAGUAUAAUAGACAUUUACCCAAUUUGUUGAACUGAGUCGAUUGGUACACAAUUCUCGGCCUUUCAGGUAUCAUAAGAAAUCUUCAAAGUUUAACCUUUCUUUUAUAAGAAACGUAGAAAAAUCAAAAUCCUCCCCAUGAGCAUUUUCUGCGCACGGGCCUGUCUAUAACUAUUGUGUAUUCCAAUUAUUCGUAUUUUUCGCGAUUUGAAAAAUGGAGCUUUCGGCACAUGUAUACAAAGUACAUCAGUACAACCUGUAGAUGUGUAUUACACACUAAAAUUUAGAUGUCGAUUUCAGCAACAUUUUGUCGAUCUUUUUCCAACCAAAUUUUGCAGAAAUUCAAAAUACGAAAAGGUCAGCAAUUUGAGUUAACUUCAUUUGAUAGCUUUGCUGCACAUGCAGUAAUUGAAAUUGGCAGCUCAACGACGCUGAAUCUCUGAAUAAGGACUCGACAUCACCUUCUUUUGUUUACCGUUUAUCUGUCAGUAUCAUUCCAAUAACACCCCACUGAGACGUCCAAAAAAUUGUUUCAAAAUCGUUCAACACGGGUCCAACGGUGAACCUUUGUUGAACGGUUAUUUGGACGUUGUCCAAAUUGGUCCAACGAACGUUCUUCAUUGGACGAUUUUGAAGCCAACCGUUCUUACCGUUCAAAUAUUACGAAGAUCGGUUGAGUAUGUUUAGAGUUUUUACUAUAAAUGUAAAAAAAGUCGCACUCCUACAUGUCGUAGGUGUUUAUUGAUGACAAAAUUUGUAUGGAGUGUCAUAAUCGUGCAUGGAAAAUUUUCCAUCGAAAAAAACCUCAAUUAUUAAAUUUUAUUCAUAUCUUUGGCUUUAUGUGAUCUAUAAGCAAUCGGUGGAAUUCAUUUUGAAGGAAUAUAGAAAAAAUAGUUAUUUUUGGCUAAAGUGUUGCCAAACAUGCUAUAUUUCCAAUUGAAAACUUAAACUGCACUUUUCUCACCAUUCGUGUAUUUUUGUUUUGAAAAUGAUUAUGCCAUUGAGUUUUUCAAAUAGCUUUACCCAUAAAAACGUCUUAUACAUCAAUAUAACUUGAGCCAAUCCCCAGACACAGUCACUUGAAGCAAAAAUUUUGAAAUUUCUCAGUACGUUUCUCGCUAUAUCUCAGUAAUCAAGCAGAACGUAAAAUUUCUGAAAACGCCACUUUGUGGUGAUUUUUUAGACACGUGAUGUGUCAUAUCUAACUCAGUUUACCACAAAAUGGUGUUUGUCAUAACAUAGCACAACAGCGACGAUAUGUCGAAUUUAAAAUGGUGUGUGGUUUAUUCACGAAAGUUGUUGAUUUGCAUGCAUACAGUUGUAUCAGGAUUGUUUAAAUACAGAAAUUCUUUAACUUUUAAGAGAAUAUAUUUUAUAAAUCAAUUCGAUUGAUGUAUUAUUCCAAACAUUGUUCAAAAUUUACAACAUUGACUUUCUUGUCACAAAACCUGCAGGAUUACCGUUCAAUUACUAUCCAUCACACCAAAAAAUAAUGAAAUUUAAAUCAAUACGAAUGUAAACAUACAACGAUUGAAUCAAAAAUUUGAUUGAAAAUUACGUUAAAAUCAAUUGGAGCAUCAAACAGCAUACAAUUUUACACUUUCAUUCGUGUAAUAUUACAUGUCAUUCAUUUUACAGCAGUAUUCGAGUAAAAAUACAUUGAAGUGCAUUGGUUUUCCGUUUAAAAAACUGUAAUUUUCAAUCCCCGUGUAAAAUUAUAAUAAAAUUCGCUGAAGAAAUCACGACAAGUCGUGUGUAUUUGUGAUGGAACUUUAUUUUACAUUUAUAUUCAUGCUCCAAAUAUGUGCAUGAAAAUAAACUUAAAAUUACAAAAUAUUUUUUCUGUGAAUGUUCACAUCUUUCACAAAAAACGGAAAAUGGUGUAUUUCCAAAUUACAAAAAAAAAAAACAAAUCGAUUAUGUGGCGCAUUGAAUGAAGUGAAAUUUUAUAACAGUUUCAGUAAAAAAAUGAUUGACACUAUUAUUGUGAAUUUUACCCCUCGAUAGACUCACAGCAAAAUAAUUUUGUCACACGAAAAUAUGGUCACACCGUAUAGAUGUCAUAGAUUGGUUGUUGCGAUGACUAACAAAAACAACAUUGAACGCACUCUCUAGGAUUGUGCAUAAGCUGUCCGGUUUGUUUAUUUGCUGACUUUGUGAACUAGUCAGUUGCAAAUAUCAGUUGCAAAUAUCUUCCCCUGCCGAGACGCGAAUUGAUCCUGAGAUAACAUAACGAUUUACAUAUCUUUACAACCAGGCCCGUGUGCAGAAAAUUCUUAAGGGAGGGGUUUUGAUUUCUUUGUUCCUUGAAUAAGGAAAGUAUAGAGACUCUCAAACGUUCAAGUUUUUUCCGAGUCCAGGAGAUAUGAGUCCUGUGUCGACUUGGCCAAACAAAAUGGGACAACGUCCGUUAUUGAGAAGGAAUUUUGAUCAGACACCACCGCCCGCUGGCUCAUGGCAGUGCCGGAUGCAUACUGUGGUGGUUUGUAGUAAGUCUACCGACUUCCGGGAUUGUGUUUUUGCUCUUUUUAUUUUGCGUUAAUCGUUCGUGUUUUUUAUGUUGUGUCUUGCUUACUGUCUAUCCUUCGUGGUAUGACUGACCUAUUCAGGUCAGCUGCAAAUAUUGUCACCUGCCGAGAAGCGAAUCGAUCCAGAGAUGAUUAAUUCUGUUUUACAACUAUCUUCGCAGGGUUUUUUUUAUCCGUUUUGGCGAUACUCGUUCCUAAGUAUCUACUAGCUGGUGCUGAGAGUUUACCGGCAGCGGAAUUUCUCCCGAUACCGAUGCCCGUUUUCGUGAGACAUUUAGUUCUCAGCCAAUAUGGCGCAGAGAUCACCUACGGCGAAAUUGCUAUAGGAAAUGAUAUCCAGAUUUUUUCCGAGUUCGAGUUGAAGGUUCGUUAUUUUCUCUCCUUAGCUGCUGACCGACCAUUGCUGUGUAAACGGUCUACUCACAAUUGUUGUUAAUAUCGAAACAUUUGGAGACUUAUUUCUAGAAUGACCAAACUCGAAUGGCAUUGUAUGUCUAAACAGCUCUAAGUAUAAAACAUUUAUUCCUGUUUAGGAAGGUAAGGAAUUAUCAAAAGUAAUUCCAAACUCUCAUGGGAAGGGUUUGAACCCCCAAAACCCUCCCCUUGCACACGGGUCUGUUUACAACCAUCUUCGCAGGGUUUCUUAUCCUUCGUGGCGAUACUCGUUCUUAACCCAUUCAUGCCCAUGUUGUUUGUGGACAACAACGUUUUUAAACUGCUAUAACUUUUGAUUGCGGCAAGAUUUACUCACAAAAACCAGUAAGGCUAAUAAAUGUGACCAUUGCCUUUCAUUUGAGUAUUAACAGUUACAAGGAUCAGCUCUAGAGCUAAUGUUAUUCCAAUUCGUCUAAAUGCAUUCCGAUGGAGCAGUGCUGCCAGGGACAGUUUACGAUGAUGACUGAAAAUGAAUUUUUCAUAUAUCUUCGUUAUUUUGCAAUAUGAUUGAAAAUUGAUAAAACUUAUCAAUUUAUAUUGUCUUUGGCUACGUUUUUCACGCAAUUGGACUAUUGUAAAUAUUCUAGGAGAAUUGUAUUGAGUAUUGGAAGGUAAAAAUUGAGUAGCACUGCUAGGGAAGCACCUACCUUUAUGAAAAAAGGCUUUUCGUGUUUCUUAACCUCACCGUUUUCAAGGAAAAAUAGUUUUGAAACCCUACAUGCACGAGAAAAAAGUUGGGCAUGAAAGGGUUAAUUAUCAUUGCGUGUUAAAAUGGCUCGCAAUACAAAAAUUUCAUUCCUGAUCAGGAAGUUACAAAAUUUUCAAAAUUCAAAAAUCUCAUGGGAGGGGUUUGAACCCUCAAAAUCUUUCCCUUGCGCACGGGCCUGCUACAGUAAACAAGUUUUUUAGAAUAUUUUAUUCCAUUUAUUAUAAACCAGGUUAAUAAUACAACGUCGAUUAAAUGACCACCUCCGUUUGAUACACAAAAAGCAUCUCCUUUGCGGGCAUUUUGCAUGACAUUCGGCAGCAUUUCGGGCUUAAUGGCAGCAAUUUCAGCUCGUAUAUUAGAUUUGAGUUCGUCAAGGUUCUUGGGUUUGCUAGAAUAAACUUUACUUUUCAAGUAACCCCACAGGAGAACGAGGAGGCCAUUCCAAAUCACCAUUUUUUGAGAUAACGCGUCCUGCGAAUUUGCUCUGCAAGAACUUGAUUGUAGCGGCUGCGGUGUUGAUAGAUGACCCGUAUUGUUCAAAAUAGAAGUUUUUCAGACAUUUUUUCUGCAUUUGUGGACAGAGAAAGUGCGCCAAAAUCCAACGAUAGCGUGGGAUUAUCGAUGGUCUCCGGCCACUCCGUACACUUCGGCCCAAACAGUUACUUUCUGGUGUUUGAUGUAUAACGUGCAGGUUCUGUGUCCCCUAAAUUCUACAAUUUUGUUUAUUUACUCCGCCGGAAAAGGUGAAGUGAGCUUCGCCCGUCAUUAUAAUUUUGUUCCACGAGCGCACACACAGUAUUCACUAUUGAACGAUCGUUUUCAAUGUAAAACGCUGCGAUUUCAGCGGCGUAAAUCGACUCAUAGCUAAAAAUUUGUAUUUAUCUGUCAAAAUCGGCUGAAAAAUGGCGGAGUUGUUCAAUAUUGAAAUAGGAUACAUUCAGAUGGCGCACCCUGUAUACCACUCCUUUCUAACCUUACUAUCUUAUCACCAGAAUAGGAUUCUCCGGCUGGAUACCAAAUUAUUAAUAAAAUUGAAAAACGUCGUACACGCUUUAUCAACCAUAUUUUUUUAAAACAACGCAUACGUCCUUUUGAUUUCCCACGGUCGUAUAAACAUCAAUAUUAGAACCGCUUUGAUGUGGACAUAUGCGCGUAACAAAAUGUCGUAAGCGACGUUUUUAUUCAGUUACCUAUUUUUACAACUGCACCUAAGACAAGACGUGACAAUGGGAGGGGCGAUUUUGUUUCAAUUUUGCGUCAGAAUAUUCCAGCUCCUGAUUCUGACUUUUUGCACCGUACGCAAUGCUACUGUAGGGAUAGCGAAACAAUGUUUGGCAGUGUUGCUAUAUUUAUAGGAAAGGAUUGUCUUUACUUUUGACAAAUAAAACUAUUAUCGUUAAAAAAGAAAAAAUGACUAAAUUGAACAGAAAUUGUGCAAAAAAGUGAAACAAGUAUUUAUCAUGCAUUUACUGUAUACGUGGUUGAUUCACUUUAACAAAAAAUAGACAGAAACCGCACCAUAAUCUUAAAUUUUCCAGAAAAUGGCUUCAUCAAACCAUACAAAAUACCCAUCACAUGAAAAAACAGUGCCCUUCAUCUAUGGAUUCAUGAUUCAGAAUAUUGCCGCCAUAAAUUAAAUUAACAAGACUCCAUUUUCAUUAAUAAAAAUGGCGUCUUCCAAACAGAUUUCGGCAGGGUGAAAAUGUGCGAAAAAAGAAUGUCGAAGGAAAAUUAAGAAGCCGAUUGUCACGUCUUGUCUUAGAACUGUACAUACGCUUAUAUAAAAAGGAAAAUAGGAGCGACUUUUUUAAAUAAAUGUAUCAUUUCACUAAUGUCCUUGAAAAAUUAAUUAAUUGUUUUUCGAACAAAACUUUUAAUGCUUUUCCAGAGGAAUAAUUACCACUCCUUUCCAACGGAAAAUGGUAGUGUAUUGGAUCGAUAAAGAAAAUUAUACCCACACACCACUCAAAGAGCAAAAAAAAUAAUAACCUAACUGUUGUAAAUGACGAUACGCUGAUUACUUACCGAUAAAGUAAUCACAAAGUGGCACAAGACUAAUAAGAAUUCGAAAAAAACCUUUUCUAAGUUUCAAAUUUUUCUACGUCGUACCGUCAAAAAAUAUGAAAACCAAAAAAACCGGACCAUUCGACGUUUGUCUUAUGUUUACAUAUCGCGUAUGAGAAGACAGAGAGGUAACAACAAGAUAACUGACUUUUCGGGCUUAUACUUUUUGUCGAUGUCUAUGUUUUUCUUUUAAACUCGAUAAAACAUCUAACGCACUCUAUUGUGAUGUAGAUGAACUGUGAACUAAGGCUUCAGGGGUUAACUCAACUUGAAAUGUAAUUGUUUCCUAAUUACAGAAUAAAUUAUUUGUUUGAACAGUCGCAUGCGCUUUCGUGUCUCGAGAUCAGUCCUAUGUGCUACGACAUAUGUGAGGCCUAUUCAGGAAAAAGAUCGUAUCGUAAGUUGAUAAAAUGUCAUAUUGACAGAAAAAGGUUGUAUGGUCAAGUUUUGCGUAUUAACCCAUUCAUGCCCAUGUUGUGUGUGGACAACAACGUUUUUAAACAGCUAUAACUUUUGAUUGAGGUAAGAUGUGCUCACAAAAAUAUGUAAGGCUAAUAAAUGUGUCUAUUGCCUUUCAUUUGAGUACUAACAGUUACAAGAAUCAGCUCUAGAACUGUAGUUUUUACAAUUAGUCUGAUUGGAUUCCGAUGGAGCAGUGCUGCCAGGGACAGUUUACGUUGACAACGCAAAAUGAAUUUUUCAUAUAUCUUUGUUAUGUUGCAAUAUUAUUAAAAACUGAUAAAACUUAUCAAUUUAGACUGUCUAUGGUUACAUUUUCCACACAAGUGGAUUAUUGCAAAUAUUCUAGGAGAAUUUUAUGGAGUAUUGGAAAGUAAAAAUGGAGUAGCUUCUAGCACAGCGAGGAAAGCACCUAUCUUUAUGAAAAAAGGCUUUUCGUGUUUCUUGACCCCAUCGUUUUCAAGGAAAAAUAGUUUUGAAAUCCUACAUGCACUAGAAAAGAAGGUGGGCAUGAAAGGGUUAAUAAUGAUAAUCGUUACAAUUCCUAAGCAACCGCAUUACACCACUAAAGCAAGGAAAGAAACAAAACCGUAGACGAUUUUUUUAGUUUUUAGGGGUGUAAAGUACUCAAACCGAAGGUUAUUUUGGUUUACGAUUUUGAAAUUUACUUUGAGGAGAAAUUCUGAAGAACCCGUUAUUAUUAUAGCACGAUGCGUAGUAGUUAACAAAAGAGAACUUUUCUCUUUUGUUCGCUAUCAACGACUGUGCUGCACGGUUAAAUAAAACAACCUGCAGAAUAAGUUCUUUUAACUUACUUUUGAGUUGUGCGUCGCUUUCGCACUUAUUAGUGUUGUCAAAAACAGAACGAGAGAUUCGACUCAGUCGAGGUCUUCCGUGGAGGAAGGUACUUUUGAGUUGUUUGAGGUAUACUCAAAAUUAGGUAAAUUCAACUUAAAUUUGAGUAUAAAAAACCUAUCAAUGAGUUGUAAUUUUUGCCGUGGUUAAAUGGAAACUACCUUCAACACGGUUUACCUAAUUUUAAGUUCCCCCACGAUACCACGAGAUUGAGUCAAAGGAACUCAAUUUUAGGUAGUUUUUCGUUUCCGUGUGGGAGAUAAACGGAUUUCCCACCAAAGUGAAUUUCGACAGUAGGCUUUUGAGUCCUAAUCAUAUGUUUGUCGAGAAACCUUUUAAUUCUGGUGACUUGAGAUAGUCACUAGAAACUAAAUGAAAUUUUGAAAAGUAAUUAAUGAAAACAAUUCCAAAUCUAAGACAGCAGAAACUAAAAAUCCCAAAAACAUGUUCUUUGUCACGAGAAAGGGUCCAUUGACGAAUUCUUGAUGUAGAAUUCGAUUUAUACAAAUUACAAUUUACUCUCCUUACAACAAUGGAUAUCCUAGAGUUUGAAGUAUUUAUGAGGCAACUGAAUAUGACAAUCCUUGACGGUGCUGUAAUAUGCGAGGUAUGCUAAAUUACACGUUUAAAAGAAGACGUCAAAUCGAAAUGAACAGAAAAAUAUCCAUAAAGUGUUAAAAAAAGUAAAAUCAAUUAACACUGAUUACUGAUAGCUCCUAAUUUACGAAGCAUUUGUUAUGGCACCACCAGAAUAACUAGCAACUACAAAUAUGAAAAAGGUCAACAUCUCUUGCUUCCGACACAUGACAGCGAAUACAUCGCACUUACUUCCCCUUUUCCGAAGAUUAUUUAAGUAAGGUGUAAGGACAACUUUCUAUAAUGAUUUCGGUUACACUUUCUAAGUCAAUUCCUCACUUCGUAGAACAAAUAUAUUGAUACUAAUCUGUUCAAUAUUUGGUUUGUUUUUUAAUAAAAGAAAUUUGCUCGAAUUUCCUGGUUACAACAUGUUCAUUAUGAUUGAUUGACUAAUAUAUGAUUUAGUAUCAAUUGGCAUCCGAUGGAAAGUAAGGACAAAAUCCUGACAGUUAGUUCUACCACUACUGUAUACGUUUCGGCCUAUCAGCAAUGUUAAUACAAUACUAGUGAAUAUAAUUCGUUGGUAUAUGAACAUCUCAGUAAAACCAGUUGUCGACAUACUCUCAGAAAGUUCGGCUUUCUGUUUCUGUGCGGUGUGCGAUUAAACGUUUGUCUUGGCGUUACUUUGUGCUUUUUUCACAAAGGCCACAUUCCUCUGUCUUUUGUUCGUACAGGAGGAUUAAACAAGAGCCAGCUGUAUAACCUGGAUUGGUUUGUCGUUAGACACCAGUUUAAAGAUAAGUGGUUUUUAUCUUUUUGAACACAUUUAUUGUUCUCUUCCAUCUGCGCGGAUGCUGACGUUUUCGAUGGAUCUCACUGUAUGGACAAAUGGAGGUUGAAACGGGUUCAACUCCUAAAGCUAUCUCGGUCCAAUUGCUACCCAGAACUUUCAACUGGUCCAUUUGUGGUCUUCCUUCGUCCCAAGACCAAAUUUCUGAAUUUUCUUCAGAUUUCUAAAGACCUGACAGAACGGUUCUCGGCCGUGAAAUUUCAAAGGUGCGCCCAAGAUAGGCGUGUCGCUGGCCAACUCAAAGCAGGAAAACGAUAUUGCUUGCUGUAAGCACUUAACGCGGGAUUACAAUAUGUAUAUUCCAGCGGUAAGUGUAGAGACCGAAGACGUGGUCAAUGAUGAGCGUUUGAAAUGCGAGGAUCUGCUGCAGUACGGGGUUGGCUGUUUUAGAGACCGCUGGUUUCAGCCGGUGAAAAUACUUGAGUGCAAGAGUUUGAUGAUAACCGGUCUUCCUUAAUUCACGAUCUUUGCGACAACCUCAAUUAGACAAUUUUAAACGAGAGAAAAUAGAAAUGACACGGAUUCCUGCUCUCCCUGCGCGCCUUAAACUUGUCCCUCUGCUCAACAUAGCAGCGAUUAAAUUGUGCGUAGAAGGUGAUCCCAUGGUAGUGACCAUCUGCCAAUCGCAGUCUCAAUCGAUAACGGCUCAAGGCCAUUGGAAUCAAUCCUUAUUUCGUAUGGCCUCACACGAAAUAUCGAUUGGAAUAGCUAUGCUGCCGCGAAAUCCGACAACAUCGAACUUACCCAAGAACUUCCUCCGGAGGAAGAGCACGGCUUUUAGCUGGCUUGAUUCUCGACAGCGUGUAUCAAGCUCAGACUAAACCAGUGCCUGGCACGGAAAUACGUUUUUCCAAUCCGUGGUGGGACAAAGAAGGCUCAGACGUGUACGCGGAGAAGGCCGCGCCGUAUGAGACCUUCUGAGACGACGGGGUACCCGAUAGCUACCGACAAUACGCGACGUCGGAAACGCGAGUGAAGUGUUUAAUGAAAGCCAAGAAACGUAGUUCCUGGCGCCGGUUCGUUAACGGACUAACGAGAGAAACAUCGAUGUGUACUCUUUGGUGCACGGCUCGACAUAUGCGAAACCAAAACAGUACUAACGAGAACGUGGAAUAUUCAAACCAUUGGAUAUUCGAUUUCGCCAAACUUUCUUCUAUACAAAUUGCAGACGACGGUAUGGUUUCUGUUGCGGGACCUAAAGCUGUCGGUCUACAAGGACAAUUGUCUACUUGGGCUAGUAAGUUGGGUAUUAAAUUCUCUACGGAGAAAACUGAGCUAGUUGUGUUUUCCAGGAAGCGUGAACCAGCACAACCACAGCUCCUAUUAAUGGGUCGAACUAUCGCUCAGGUCUGCACAGUAAAAUAUCCAGUUUUUAGUUUUCGGGGCCUUUGAAAUCUGGCUAUCGAGGCGGGAACGUAUUAUUUUGACAUAAAAAAUCAUGUCUGGUCCAUACAAAUUUUCAGUAAAUGCACCAUUCUUAAAUAUGUACUUCUUUCAAACAAUCCGAUAUCAAUCAGCUGUCAAUGUAUAAAGUCGACGUUAUGAAUUGCUAAAAGAAUGAACAGUUAUGAUUUUUAAAUAAGCAAACAAACAGACAAGUAAUGAUACCGAACGAAUGAGCAUAUUAAAAGAAACGUCGUUUUUCUCCGGAUCAAAAAAUAAAAAAAACUAAACAAACACAUUCAAAUGAACGAAUCUAAAGGACAGGUCAGGUAAUAAUGGUACACAAAUACAAAAGAACGCGGAUACAAAAUACGAUCAGCAAUACCACGGAAAACUAAAGAUUGUGUAACUAAAGUAACUAAACAAAACUAGCGAGUGUAAUAACUGAACUAGAGAUGGAAAAAUGACAAAUCUACACCACAGAUUACGCUCCAAUCGAGAUUAGACGAACCACCAGUUUGGAUUGGGCAUUUUAGUUGAUAGGUUGGAAUGGUUGCGUGAGUUCUUACAGAGAGUGGCUUUGUGAUUCUAUAAAUUUCUUGGCGUGUGUUUCACUCUAAAAGAGUGCUGGCUCCAUCGUCUGAGAAUAAACUGUUGUUUGCUUUCCCAUCACUAUCGAUUGCAUAUGUAUCGUUGUAACUUUAAACUCACCUAAUUUUAAAAUUUUGUCUGUCUUUAUAAUUUCAAAUGGACAUAUUUAAGACAAAAAAUACGAGAUAAAAGUUUUAUAUAACGUCUUCCAUAUAGUAUUAAUGAAAUGAAAAUUAUUGAAUCGUUUUGAUUAAGUACGAAUGCGAGUGGUAGGAAACGGAACUAAAAAUGAAGAAACCUGCACGAGGUGUUUGUUUAUUUAAAAAUGAAUAUAUAGAAUCUAUGAACUCUAUAGUUAGAUCGUAAGGCGAAAAGAAGAAAUAUUUUAAAGUUGACUCUAAGCCAAGACCUGAUAUCUCCAGAGAAACCGUUAGAGGGCAAACGCUAAUCAGAUUAUACAAGUCGUGUGAAAUGGAAAUGUCCUCUCAAUCUGGCCGUCGCAACUUUCACACUAUGUAAAAAAACCAAUCUAGUUCUUGUUAGUGUCAAAAAGCUGCAGGCCGCACAGUACACGCCAAUGUCCGGAAAGGAAGAAACAAAAACUCUGUUUUGGAUCCAACUUUUGUUCCAAAUCUAGCAAAACUUAAAAACACGUGGGGAACUUAUCAGCUAAGGAAAGUUCUAUAAAUAUGUUAUAUAUCUUUAAAAUAUUAUAAAGAAAAAAGAAACAAAAACCCUUAGAUAGUUCGAUAUCAUAAUUGCAUUUACCGAAGGAGGCGAAGAAAAUCACACACACAAAAAAAACGAAAAUUACAUCAGUCUUAUCACAUUACUGGCGAAAACGUUCAGUGUAAAUAUCAAUUCGGAAUCAUGCAAAAACAAAACAAAACAAAAAAAAGUGAUGAACGUCAUAACCAUAGCUACAAAAUUGUGUCACAUUUAUUCUGGAUAAUCUUAGCAAGCAGUAAAACAUUUAUCUAUUGGGGAAUAAGCACCUGGUAGUCUAAUUCCCACUAAUCCUAUUAUCGUUACAUAACUGGUUCUGUUUGCUUGUACUGAAGUUUUGUUAGAGAGGCAAUAGAACUUUAAUCAUACUGAUUGGUUGAAAUCAUACAAGCUGCAUUUAAAAUUGAAAUUUAAAAUAUGAGAAGAUAGUGCUCUAGCAAUUCUAUCGUUGCGCUAUUUUCAGAUUGCUGCCAUUAAUUCAGGAGGGUGUUCUGUUUGACAAUUAUUGUUUUAAAGUAAUUUUAAGCAAAUCAAAGUAACAACCAAUGUCUACUUCUUAACAGGAUAUCAAGCCCAUUGCUUUUCAACUUUUCACCAAAAGCAUGCACCCAGCUUAUCAUUUUAGGGGCAUGCUUGAAAGUUGAUAAUUUUGCUGACAAAAAGUCAGAAGAAUUUUCUGAAAGCUUAGAUACAAAAUACUAGAUAUGGAUUCGCAGCAGCAUUUCCCUAUUAUUCCAUCUAGCAAGUAUAAAAGGAAGUAUUCUUAGCUAAUGUGAUUUUUCUGUAACCAUCGUAGAAUUUUUUGAAAUCUGUUUUUUAUUACAGCGAAUGUUUAUACAGUCGUUUGAUUUUGAUUUAUUUUUAUUUACGCGUCAAUUUUUUUUUUCGUUCAUCACGCUUUUACAGUCGUGAUUCGCUGGUUGAGCCACACCAUCUGUCCAACGAACAAAUUUGAUUCGCAAGUGUCAAAAACUCUCCAAGAAAGAAGUUAGCGGUUUAAAUGUAUCUGUUUACACCUCUAAUCAUUGUCAAAUUGAUUGUCAAAGUAAAUUUGACAUGAAACUUUGACAUUCAGAUGUCUUCUAGUUGAACAAUGGUUCAACUAUCGGAGGUCCAACUAAAAGCUGUCCAGUUAAAAAGCGACCAACUAAUGAAUCACGACUGUACAAACUUUUCCAUUUCAAAGCAACAGUCGAUAAAUUUAAUUGAUUGGCUAAGAAAAUGUAAACAGUCCUUGUUUGACACUAUCGAUCUUCCUUGGCGGUGAAUUUAGCCACAUGGGUUAGAAUUUUUGACAGUAAUCCCAAUAAGAGGAUAGGGAUAAAGCUGUUCAAUAAAAUUAAAGAUGCUGAAUGCCUCUGGAUAAAGACUCGACACGUCAAUGGUUUGUUUACCAUUUAUCUGUCAGUGUCAUUCCAAUCGAGCACGAGACCUGUCAAUGGCCCUCGUUCCAGAAGGAUUCGAAGCGAUUUUCUUCAGAAUGGGGGCUUUUGACAGGUCUCGUGCUCGAUUGGAAUGACACUUACUGAUAAAUAAUAAGAAUAAGAUAGAGAUGGCGAGUCUUUAUCCAGAGGGAUUCAGCGUCUUUAAAUAAAAUGCGUGGUCGUAAUAAUUCUAUUUGAAAAUAAUUUUUAUUUGUUAUUUUUCGUACGAAGAAGUGAAAAAGAAAAAUUAGACUAUGUAUCUUUAACGUUAGCUACACCGGAAAAAAAAUCAAAAACAUCAUAUGGCUUAAUGACUAAAUCGGGCCAUUAAUUCUAUGCUUCAUUUAAUGACCGUGUGGCGAUUGAACGAUUCGGAAAUCUGUAUGUUGUUCUCUGAUCAGAACAGCAUCCAGACGUCAAACCGGCGUGGCGAAAGGAUUUCGUCUGCAGUUCUGAUGUUAUCUAAACACUUUAAGAAAGGAGAUGUGGUGAUUGGACGAUUCGGAAAUAGGCGUCGAGAAUACAUACUAGUGUGACGGAAAAAAACGUACAACAAAUGGAAGAACAGGUGCUUAAACUUCCACCCUUUGAAUGCGACAACGUCCCUGUGUCACAACUGCGACAAAAAUGGAUUGACUACAAAAAGCAAUUCCAGUAUGUGGCAGAUGCCAUUGGGAAAAGAAAAGUAGAAAACUGAAGAGCAUAUUCUUGGCACUAGCUGGGCAACAGUUACAACGUGUCUAUGAAAGCUUGCCAGGUGGCAGUGGUGAAAACACCGCAGGAGGCGAAGAUGAUUUCAAAUCCAUGAUAAGCAGCCUACUCGUCAAGGCUUCGCCCCAGAAAGACACGACACGUUCGAAUGAUAUUCGUUUUGGUAAUUGAAUCCUAGUGACGAGGAAACUCUCGACAAAUUCCUACUCCGUGCGAAACAACAUGCGAGCAAAUGUCAUUUCGGACCCGCGGAGAAUUAAAGCAAAGAUGCUGCAGUAAUUGACAGAAUCUUGAUGCUAGCGCCACUGGAGCUCCGUCGUAAGAUUUUGGAGAAAUCAAACAUAGAGAUGGAGAAUUGACGAAGCUUGUGAACACACAUUAAACGUUAGUUACAAUCCAACGUCCGCCGUAAAUAGAAUAUUUGACAGACCGGAUAGCCGGUGGUCACAGAACCCGAUCAGAAUGAAAUAACAAGAUUAUAUCAGAACACAAUUUUUGUAUCAUAUUGUGUUAUAAAUUAGGUCUCGUAAGUAGUUAAAAUAACAAAAAUUUAUAACAAGUAACAAUGCGAGAUAUAGUUUUGAAAUAUUUCUGUUAUGUAUUUCUGAUCGGGAACCGCAGAGGUAACGAAUGCGGUAGAUGCGAAGGUAAAUUACAUAAAGCAGACGAUCUCUGUCCAGCCAAGCACGCUAAAUGUGUUUGCAACUCUCAAGUGCAAUAUGCGAAAAAAAGCAAAACUGAUCCUAAGAAAUGGAAACUGGACACAGCUUCCGUACACAUCCAUCGAAAAAGCCGAAAAUUAAUUCUAUCGAAGAGCCAGCAUCUCCAGGAAGCGACAACGAGCGCCAACAUUCCUCCUUCAUAUACGCGAUCAGUGAUAACCAGGCAUUGUAAUUCUCUCUCACUCACGCGAGAAGCAGCUUAUCCGAUGUCCAACUUUUCCGAGAUAAGAUGAGUCGCAAAAUUCUCCGUCUCCACAAAUAGCGUGAGAAUGAUUUUCCUGAUAAAAUUUAUUUGACUUUUUCCUUCUCACCGGAGAAGGUGAAAAAAUUUUAAUUUCGUGGAAAUCAAUAAAAACUUCAAAAAAUACACUUAAUUACAAAGAAAAGCGGCAAUGAAAUAUGAUAGACUUGUUUUUUCGUGUUUUGGAAUAACGGCAGGAAAGCAGCGAGCGAAAAAAGGAUACCGUGGUAAACUCAUUCACUCAUUCUCCGGCUGUUUCAUUUAUCCGGAGAAAUAACACGUUGUAUUUAUCCGGAGAAGUUGUGUGAUUGCCAAUAACUUUUCUUGUGAAAAUGUGAGUUUUUAUUGACGCAGUAGCAAACCAUCCGGGCGCAUUUACUCAUAUGAGCGAUAAAUACAAUGCCUGGUGAUAACCAUGAUGAACUCGUUUGGUUUAAGGUCGGUCAAGUCGUAAUCGAAAUGAUGAUUGACUCAGGAUCAAAACACAAUAUUAUUGAUUAACGAACAUCUGCUUUCCAGAUUGAACGGUACGAGCUGGUUUCACGUCACGAUAUAAAGGACGCAUAUCAUCAAGUGGAAUUACACGAGUAAAGCCGUUUUAUAACGACCUUUAUAACGCAUCUGGGGAUGUUCCGAUACACUCUAAUGUUCGGUAUUUGCAGUGCCUCCAAACAUUCUCAGAGAAUCAUUGAUCAAAUACUAAUCGGCUGCCCCAACUCAUUUGACUAUCAAUAUAACAUCUUAUAACAAAAUCUGUUACGAAAAUUUUAUUCUGUUAUAAUCUUGUUAUUUCAUUUUGAUCGGGUUUGCUUGGGAACUAGCGACAAUCCUAAUCUAGUGCUCUGUAUCCACUGCUGAAAGUCUACCGUUAUUGUCUUCUAAUGCAACAUUAUGCUUGUUUGUCGGUUAAUUCCUAUUACACAAUUAACUUUUGUAAAUCGAAACUUGGAAAUCUGAUUGACGAAUGAAAAUUCGCUAGUUCUACAGAACUAACGUGCUCUUACAUUUAAAAUAUUGCACCAACAUUGCUACUUUGGGAAAAGUGUUCAAAUUAUGGUUAGAUGAACAUACAACCCGAAAUGUGAAUUGCUAAUGUAACUAUUGCUACUUCUCAGUUAUCAUCGAGUUUGGUACCCGCAAGUUUAAGUGUUAUAUUUUAAACUGGAACGCACAAUUAGUGAACAUAAAGAUCCAACAAAGUACUAAAAACAUAGCAGUAGUAUACACUUUUUCGUUAUUCCAUCUUUGAAAGACAAAUUACCCACCAAGUCGAAACAACUCAAAAACCAUCAGUGACGAAAACAAAGAAGCUAUGCUCCAAAGAAGAAGCCACCAAAUUUAAACCAUAUCAGAAAUUAAAGAACAUUGCAGUGUGCGUGUGGAUUCAAUUAAAAAAAAACUUUCCAAAUAUGUCAUUGCUUCGUUCAUUCCAUGGCUAUACUCAUCGAUUUGUAAAAAAAGACGACAAACUAAAUCAAGAACACAGACAAACUACUAUUCACGACUCUUCAGAAUCCAAAUAGAAUUCAAUUAUAAUAGGUAUCGAAACCAUGUCUGAAUAUAUUCUUUUUCUCAGCAGAAGAUCCGAUAACUUUCCGAAAGUAACAUAAUGACUCGAACUCAUAUCCAUGUGAACAAAACUAAUCUAGCAAAAUAUCGAAAAUUUUUCAUUCCAUUCCCGUUAUGUAUCAUACUGUUAAAAUCUUUUUCCAUUGCAAAUCAAAACAAAAACACGCGAAAAUUCGAAAUAUGCCGAUCAACACCAUUCAUCCAGUUCAAAACCCAUUUAGAAAAGUUCCAUUUGCAGCACGGCUAAAAACAAACGAAAAGCUAAUCAGAAAAGAAGAAAAGUUGAAGCAAAUCUGCUUAGAACUGUAAGAUCAUCUUAACUAAUGAACAUAUAAUUAAGAGAGAUAAAUGUAACAUACGGUUAUUACCCCUAAACAUGGUCACUAAAAAAAAUAAAUGAAACAACUAAACAAAACAGGCGGAAAGCAAAACGUUAUCAGACGAAACGAAAAUGAACCAUGCGAGCUGGUAAUGAUGAAAUAAUAUCACAGCGCCAAUGAUCGAGCAUGGGUCGGAGGAAAAUAAAAUAAAAUAACAAAAUGGCGGAAACAACUAAUACUGUAAUUAUUGGAAUAAAAAUAAAAAACCCGAA